CGGGGAUUGGUUAUUGGACUAGGUUUUGAUAGGGGCCAGUUGGGGCAGGAUUGGGGAUAGUAGGAGGGGAGCAAGCGUGCACAAACAAGCGUGCUUGUUUGACUAUAGAGUUUUCUUGGUUUUUGUCAAAUUAUUUGAUUUUUCAUAAUGUAAGCCUAAUAAACUUAAUCAGCUGUCCUUAGUGUAGUGUGUAGAGUGUGCGUAAUUGUGGAGAUAAUGUAUUAAUGCCAAUGUGAAGUUAUGAAAUCCCUUUAUCAAAAUGUUGUCCUUAUACGCUCAAUUUAUAGUUCGCCACUCUUACCUCUUCAUUUUUAUCCUGAGCGUAAUCUCCACCAUCCUCACUGUGAUUCCCUUGGUCUGUCGCGAACUACCAUCUUUCUCCGAACCGCUUGUUGGCUUCGAGACUCGCGGAACUACACUAGCGCAUCGGUUCUUCGCAUGGGAAAACCUAAUUUACGAAACUAGGCCUUCAAGAAAAUUGGCUGUAAAUCCCAAGGAAAUCGAGGAACAAAUCCGCAUGAAUCAAACCUACUACAAUAGACCACGACAAGACAAACCUAGAUCUGGACACGGUCGCGCAGAUAAAAAGAAAAAUCGAAAGAAGAAGAAGAAUCCAAAAAUCAAUAGCACAGGUUUUGAAAAAACUGUUUUUGAUUCUCCGGAAAUGAACAUAUCUAAUGGCCAUGUCCACUGGGGCUUUGGCAAAAAUAUGUCCCAUGAAAGUGAGAAUACUGUCAUCAAUAGAGAUCACAUUCGGAAGCAGUGGCUUUCUUUAAAAGAAAUGCAACUAAAACCUGACAAGCCUAUUCAUCACAACUAUGCUUCUGGCACAUGCGGAGCACCAGUUUUUGAUUAUGCUCAUUUAGUGGUGACUAAUACAGAUAACACAUCAUUGUUGACAUAUUCCAAUAUUGCCCGCAUGUGUAAGUUACAAACGUUUCUUAUAGAAGUAGGAGAAAUUGAGUAUUACAAAGUGUGCCAAAGGGCAAAACGUACAGAUAAGUUGUGUUGUCCAAUAUGGAGUGUGCCAAAUUAUAUAGCUUUAAUAUCUGGAAAGAGUUCCUGUGAGAACUUAACAGAAGUAGAUGUGAAUAAGACUGUUUCUAUUUUAAGGAAUUGUGCAGGAUAUUUCCAUAAUUUCACAUUAAUGGCCUCAUGUGACUUAGAUCGCUGUAAGGUUCCUAAGUAUUGUUCCCAACAUGAUGCUAUAUACAACAUGUUGUUUUACCUCAUAGAUUCUGAUGCCUUUUCACCUCCUGAAUUCUCACAAUCUUUUGUGAAAAAUUCAAUGAUAUUCUUGCCAUUGCCAUACAGCAGUACCUCUCUACCUUAUUAUGAAAAAUUACAAAGUUCAAAUUUAUCUUAUGAAACUGUUAUUGUACCAGCCAUUGAUUUUGGGCUCAAAAGUGCACUUUUUGACUUAUGGAUAAUACAAGAUGCAUGGUUAAUAGCUCUUGGUGGAGUUUUUGUAUUUGUCGGUGUUUGGUUCUAUAGCAAAUCUCUUAUUCUGACUAUACUUUUGUUUACUGCAAUUACAUAUUCAUUGGGUAUUGCAUACUUUUUGUAUGUAUAUGUGUACAAUUUAGAGUUUUUUCCUUUUAUGAAUUUAUUAGUUGUAGUAAUCGUAAUAGGCAUUGGAGCUGAUGAUGCUUUUAUUUAUGUCAGUAUUUGGAGCAUGAUAACCAAGCAACUUAUAAAGGAUAAUGUAACCAGUGAAGAAAAUCAUUUGACUGAUAUUAAGAAUGUAUCCAGUGCUGGAGAGACUAUCCUUGUACAAAUUCUUGAAGAAACUUUAAAACAUUCUAUGUUGACUAUUUUUAUCACUACUUUGACGACUGCUAUUGCAUUUUUCGCAUCAUAUGUAAGUUACAUUCCUGCUAUCAACUGUUUUAGCGUUUUCGCUGGCACAGCUGUUCUUGUGAACUUUUUUCUAAUGGUAAGUUGGUUACCUGUAUCGGUAUUCAUAGUAGAUGUUAAAUUAUCUGUUAAUAAGGGAAAGGUUUUUGAUAUUGUUUAUAAAAUUGUUAAUAAAGUUUGGGAGGAUAUCAGAGUAGGCAUGAGUAGGUUUGUUGUUGUCUGUGUUACUAAACUGCACAUAGUAUUUGUAAUAUUACUGGGUGCUAUUGGUAUUUACAGCAUUGUCGUAGUUUUUUAUUCCCCUGGUCUUCAGCUGCCAGAGUCAAAAGAAUUCCAACUUUUUCAAACAUCGCACCCAUUUGAAAAAUAUGAUAUAGAAUAUAGAGAUAAGUUUUUGUUCGAAAAAUUUGGCAAAGAUAUUGGUACUGGUAGCAAAAUGCCUCUUAGAUGGGUUUGGGGUAUUAAAGCGAUUGAUAAUGGUAAUCAUAUGGAUCCCUACUCUACUGGACAUUUAGUAUUUGAUAAUAAAUUUUCAGUAUCUGACCCUAAAUCUCAGAAAUGGUUACUAGGAUUUUGUUCGAGGAUCAAAGCUCAGCCAUUUUACCAGCAAACAUUAGGCCCUUUGUUACCAAAUUGUUUCAUUGAAAGUUUCAAAGUAUUCAUGAGCAGAAGGUGUAUUGAUUUCAUUGAUAAAAUUAAUAGAACACCAUGUUGUGAAUCAUCUAGUUUUCCAUAUAAAAAAGAAGUUUUUGAUACUUGCAUAAUUCAAGCUAUGGAAUCUUUGUACCAAACGCCCAGCACACUUUUCAUGCCUGGCGUAGCAGGUCCUAAGUUCUUCCGAACAGAAUCACCAACUAUUGCAGCUAUUGUGAUAGAGUUCGAAAGUGUUGUCCCAUACACCAUGUCUUACAAGACAAUUCAUAAUUUCUACCAGCAUGUUGAAAAUUGGACACAACACGAAUUAAAAUCUGCUCCUCCAGGUAUGACAUGUGGAUGGUUCCUUUCUGAUCUUCAAUUUUAUGAUUUACAAGCAACCCUCGCCAGUGGUACAGUGACUGCUUUAAUAUUGUCUGCCAGCUUAGGAUUUGUUGUCCUCAUCCCCGCUACCUUCAGUUUUAUCGUUAGUAUUUGUGCGCUAACAGCAAUUGUAUUUUCUUCAACCGUUACUAUUGCAGUUCUAGUUUUAAGUGGUUGGAAGUUAAAUAUUUUGGAAAGUGUCGCUAUUUCGACAUCAGCGGGGUUAGCCGUCGACUUUAGCCUCCAUUAUGCUUUAAGCUUUACGAAUGCCAGUGGAAUUAAGUCUGCUAGAGUGAAAUAUGCAUUAACUUCAUCUGCUGGGCCCACUGCGGCAGCCGCACUAACCACGUGUUUCGCUGGUAUAUUUUUGUUGCGCUCGAAUCUUCUGCCUUACUCCCAAAUUGGGAGUUUCUUGGCACUGAUUAUGGCUGUAAGCUGGAUAUAUGCUACCUUUUUUCUCUGUUCGAUGCUCUUUAUUUGUGGACGAAAUAAUCCUAAAGAACCAGCACCUGAAGACAGGAAAUCUGUGUCUCGCGUCAGUUCCAUUUGUUCAGGGGUUCCGAAUCUGGAGAGUCAUGAAUUGGAGCACUUGGCUGACAGCAAUCGUACAAAUCUUACCCACUCUCAAAGCCAUUCGAGUAUAAGCGCAACAACUGUAGUGUUGCACGAAGAUUAUGAAAAUUCACUUAAUAAAGUUGAUAAGAAAGCUAGUGAUAGCGAUAAUUUAGCUUGUUACAAUGACUGAAUGUUUAGAAUAUAUACUUCACUAGUUGAUAUUUACAAAACCAACUUCAUUGUAUGUAUUUUGUGUAUCAGUAUUAUUUAUUAAGUUUUGUUGAUCUCAUGCUGUUUUUAUUAGUAUUAUUUUAUACACUUGUAAAUACUUGUAAUUUUCAGAUAAACCUUGUUGAUUACUGUGACAAUAAUUAUCACGUAAUAGUUCACAUAAAAUAAGAUCUAAGCGAGCUUAGCUUGAGAAAUUUAAUAUUUUUUAUUAUUUUCUUUACAGUUCACUUUCUCCGACCUAAGCUAUCUUUGGUGAAUUUGAUCACCAUUGAGUCAUAUUUUUUUUACUAAUUCACAUUUAAAGUGACGUAAUAUAAUGUUAGUUUAAGAAUAAGAAUUGCCAUGAUUAUGUCGAUAUAUUCGUAUAAAUAAUGUAAUGUACCAUAAUAAUGAUAUUUUUGCCAAGGGCACAUAAAUCAAGAGACAAGAGAUGUGAUUUGUCAAUUCAAAAAACGAUAAUAUUUUAUAAAUCUAGCUAGCAAAUUAACUUCUGAGUAAUGCUAUAAGGACGAUAUAAAUCGUGAAAACGAUCCGUCUAUAAACAAAUGUUUAAGUAAAAAUUAAAACGCCUAAAAUCAUUACAUAGUUGACACAUUGAAAUUGCUGCGGUUUAUUAUAAUCAAAACAAUAAACUUUUUGAUAAUCGGUAUUUUCUAUCGUAUUUGCCAUUGCGAUAAAAUAACAGAACAAUUAUUACUUACGAUCUUUUGUUCUCUCGUUCUUCCCUGUAAAAUUCAAAUAUUUCUUCUAGAGAGUUAUUACAUCAUUGAAGGAUUAUCAAUUAUCAUACCUGUGCGAGUUUCACAUGUGGAACAUUUGGAAAUAACUAUUAAAUAUCGUUAUUAUUAUUAUGUUAUUAUUUGCUAUGUGUAUUUCAUUCAGAAAGUUUCAUCGUUAUAGACUGACUUUUGAAUCUCAUUAAUUAUUUGUCUGAAAAUUCUACGAAUAUUCGCGUAGGUAUCACUUUGUCAUAUCUAAACAAACGCACAUAAAAUAUAGAAGUACCUUCAAAAUAUUCUUAAUGUACAAAUUACAAAAAAAAAAUUUUGUAACGAAAAUGAGAAGAAAGUUAUUUCUUUUUUAAAUAUUUAUAAUCAAAUUGUAAAUUUUCUCUGUUGCAGCUAUACAUAUUGUAGGUACCUACCUAGUUGGAAAACGUUGUGGUGUCUCACCUGCUUAACCUCUUCUUGAUCUCUCUUCGUCGUCUAAAUUAAAACUUAAUGAGCCUCUUCCAUAAUUAAACAGAAACGACCAGUCUUUUGGUAAAUUAAUUUCUUGAUCUUCGAUCAAGUAUAAUCAAUUAUUGUUUAUACUUCUCUAUCUUGGACUAUGUCAUCGAUUCAAUGUAAUGAUCGUCUUAGUAUGGAAAAAUUAUUUUUUUCAUUUUUAUACGUUUUUAUGGAAACGAACUCGGUUCCGUCGUCUAAACAUGCUGUUCGUUCAAAUAAAACUUCACCUGUACUAUUUUGUAGUGACGUCAGCAGUGAAUAUUUUUAGUUAGCAAGAUUUUUACGGCUUAUAAUCAGUACCUAUUUAAACCUAUUGUUUAGUAAAUUAGUUACUAUAUCAUCGUUUUCCAAAACAAAAGAUUCCUUCACAGAUUAAUCUGCUUUCGUUGACCAAAUCAAAGUGCCAUGGCCAUGAAAUUAUCACAAAUUAGCUGUUAAGUAUAUUAUGUACUACCAACGUUAAAUUUAUUAUUGCAACCAAGAAACAAGGCCCUAACUACUUAUUACAUUAGGUAUAAGGACAUGGAAAAAAUAUAUUUGUAUGAAAUGUAAAAUCAAACUCAUAAUGGCGACUCAUUUCUUAGAAGCUACAAACUUUAUAAAUAGGUUCUUAAUGAGUAAUUGU